ACUCUGACCCCGCCCACCGUGUACGUGGAGCAAAAACAAUUACUCAUAUGCUGCUCGUUUUCUCUUCUGACCUUAGUCGUGCAAGAAUUUUUGAUAAAUAGGUACUGACCGGUAGUAUAUUAUUUAACAAACUAUAUGGGGAAGCUGAUGUUAUCUUUAGAAGUCAUGUUUUCUACGUUUGCUUGACAGCCACUGAUAGCACUCCAGGUAACGUUAGCUAGCUAUAACUAAUGUCGCUAGCAAGCUAACCCAUAAAAAACACAGGUAAAUCGUUCAACUGCGUAAGCUAGGAAUGUAAGUAACUUUUGAAAUGAAAACUAGCUAGCAAUCAUUAUCAUUGUCUUGCAUUUACGAACCCCGGCAGUGGUUGUGUGUGACAUUUUAGCUAGCUAGCUGAUUAACUAAACCGAUGGCUCCUAUGGGAAUCCGUCUUUCGCCACUUGGAGUGGCAGUGUUUUGCUUAUUGGGACUCGGCGUGAUCUACCACCUAUAUGCCGGAGUUAUAUCCAGCCGCAUAGCUGCUUUUACGUCGAAGAGAACAGUGAAUCUCCGCGACCUGCUCGCACUGUCAGUGGAGGCUGCAGUCCAGGGCGGUCGGGAGGUGAAGAGGGUCAGAGAAGAGGACAAGUUAGAAGAAAAGACCAAGGGGAAAACGAAGGAAGGGGCGAGUGAAAAGCUCACUCAGGGGGACUUAAACUCUCACAGAAAGAUGUAUUAUCUUAUCAAGAACACUUAUCCAUAUGUACAGGUUAACUCUGAAGAGCAUGAUGAGACCAACAAUGAGCUGGGGGUGUGGAACAGAGACAUCCCUGCUGACAUCCUAAAAAGUGUGGAGGUGAGCAGGGAUGUGCCUGCUGACAGUAUCACCAUCUGGAUAGACCCACUGGACGCCACUCAGGAGUAUACAGAGAACCUGCUCAAGUAUGUCACGACCAUGGUGUGUGUGGCCGUGGAUGGGAAACCUGUCAUAGGCGUGAUCCACAAACCUUUCACAGGAUACACAGCUUGGGCCUUGGUUGGUCAUGGGUCUAACAUGAAGCCUCGCACCACCUACAACAUGAACCCCCCCAAGGUCAUCGUGUCCCGGUCACAUGCCGGGAAGGUGAAGGGUUUCAUCGAGGAGGCCUUCGGCAACACUACAGUUAUUCUCCCAGCAGGGGGCGCAGGCUAUAAGGUGUUGGCUCUGCUGGACCCCCUUGAUGAGGACAUUGAGAAGGCUGACGUGUACAUCCACGUCACCUUCAUCAAGAAGUGGGACAUCUGCGCCGGCAACGCCCUGCUCGCGGCCCUGGGAGGUCACAUGACUACGCUGAAGGGCGAGGAGAUAGACUACUCGGGGGCCGCGGGCAACAGGGAGGGUCUGCUGGCCAGCGUCAAGGUGGACCACCAGGACCUGGUGGCCAAACUGCCGGCAUGGGACUCCUCUGACAAACACUGAAGAUCACACACAUACACACGCACACACACAUAUAUAUAUAUUCACAGACACAGAUAUUUACACACACACACAGCCAUAUAUAUACACACACACACACACACACACAUAUAUAUAUUCACAGACACAGAUAUUUACACACACACAGCCAUAUAUACACACACACACACACACAGAUGAUCAGAGACAAAUGGACAAGAUGACCAUAAGCCUUGAAGACCUAACAAGCACAGAUGAGAGGACAACACGAUCUGGGACAAGACAAUAAUGCAAUAUAUUACAAAGCCCGCCAGUCUCCUUCAAACUCCUUUCACCAUUUUUUAAAUGUUUGUUAAGCUAGAUAGGUUAACCGUUUGAGGAGAUCAAUUGUUUAACUCUCGCUUAACACCUUACAUGAUAGGGGUGGGGUUUUGGCUGCUGCAAUGCGAAUCGAGUUUGAAUAUUGGGGAAUGGUAGUUUGAGUAGAUCAAUCCUUUAAAAAAAAUAACAUUUUCCGCUUGACACAGUCCCAACGUGAAAAUCCUACAGCUUGGAAAGUCUUAACUGGGAUUGUACAGUGGACUAAUGGAAAAAAUACCAAAAGAUUGUUUGAGUGGAUUUGUCCUUUAAUGCAUGGUACUUCCUUCAGAUUCACAUUCAUUUGAUUGUUCUGUAUGCAUGUGAAGGUACAGUUUCCUUAUUUUUUCAUGAAUAUCAUCAGAGUUCAGUUUGUAUCGCAGCCUCCUUCGCCUCCACCUUUUGGGGAAAAAGGCUAUACAGUGUGUUAAAUCCAUAUGUGGCUUAUUUAGUCAAUGCAUUUGUAAGUCUACUCUACUAGAAACCAUGCUUUUGUACAUAUGUUAAGUGGAAAUACUUAUUAGCUAAACAUGCUAAUUUAGCAACAAUAUAUUGGAGAUCUUUGGUAAUGAUUUAGAUUGUCAACAGAACACCCCUACUGUAUAUUGACAUUCGGAAUAGACCGUCCAUACAUGGAUAUCAUUAACACUGUGAAUACUAACUGUAUUGUCCAACUGCGCUUUCUCAAAAGGACUAUUUUUGUGCCGUGUGUGCACACGUUUUGUGUCUGAACUGGAUGUGAUUGCUAAGUCUGUGCAUAUAGCUGUCAUGUAGCUGUGUCUCUCAAACUCCCCUCUUGUGUUUCAAAUGAAAUGCCGGUGUGCAUGACAUCAGUGACGGGGUUAUGACUGCUUCAUAUGUGAUCGAGAUCAUUUCAUUUCUGUUUGACGUAUGUUGCACUGUUGAGAAUUACAGGUUCAAAGCUGUCCCUGUCCAUUAAUUGAACCCGUUUCUAUAAACAUUUGUCAUGUUUUCAAGAGAUUAUAGCAAAAAUAAAGAAGCAGAAUGGUGGAAUCCUAAAA